AUGGCAGAAGAAUUUGCAAGAGAGAAAAAGCAGAUGUUUCCAGCUCUUUCGAGAGAAACAACACAUGGCAAGGUGAAUGGGGGUUAUGUACUCACUAAAUCCAUGCACCCCCUGCCCAUUUGACCUUCAAACCCAGUUCCUUUCCUUCUUAUGCCCAAUGUAUGGCGAUAAGAUCCAUAUGGACCCCCCAUAUAAGUAUAAUAAUUUUGGUGACUAAUUUGAUGCCUCAUCAUCAGAAAACAUAAAAUGGAAUGUGAAUAGUCAUAGAAGAGAUUACUUUACCGAUAUAUGCAUGCAUAAAAUCGUUAUAAAUGAUUCUCUGUUUUAGGCAUCUUCCAUUAGAGCCAAGCCAACAAAGAGAAAUACGUCUUCGGGGAUCAAACUCCCACCAUGUCUUAAUAAUCGGAUUCCGAUGCUAACCGCAAAUCCCUCGGAAAAGGUAUACGCUACAAUUUAAAUCCAUAGUCUGAUUCAUAUUAGGAAGGGAACAUUUUACAGACACAGGCUGUAAACCUGAGAUUUUUUUUUACAUUGUCAUUUUCUUGAUAUAUAUAUAUAUAUUUUGUUUAUUGUGGAUGUCAUUCUCCAACAAAGUAUAAAUUAUAAAAAAAAACAUCACAUUAAUAUGUACAUAUUACAUAUGUUCUAUAAUCUACAUUAACUGAAUUUCUAUUUGUUUAGGUGGAUUUCAUUAGAGCACCCCCAGCAGAACAAUUUGUGGAUGUUCCUUCUGGAGUGAAAUUUCCAGUAUGUCCUAAACAACCUGUCCAGUUCUGUACCACCAAGCUCUCGGAAAAGGUAUUUAAUACUAAUCCAGACUAGUAAACAGAUAUUUUCAAGACAAUUGAAAUAGGGCUACGGAUUGAUAUGAAGGGUUGUAUAUUUAAUGCCAAGCCAUGGAAUGAUUAAUUAAAGUAAGCAUUAAAAGAUUUUAUAAAUUAGUAUCACAUCAAUCAUUAGUUCUAUUGUAGAUUAUUAACUCUUCUACCAUAUAACAAAAUAGCUGAAGUGGAUAAGCAUUAGUCUACUAUGUUUAACCUACUAUGUUUAACCUUUCCAACAACCCCCAAUUAUUUCAUAUAUUGGUUGUUUUAUGCUAAUGAGUGUUCUUCAAAAUAGGUUUACAGAAUGAGUGCACAAAUGUUUUAUGUUAUAAUGUUUUUGCAGCUUUAUAAGCCAAGUCCAUCAUUUGACCUUGAGGAUCCAUAUUGUCGAUUGAUGAGGACAACCUACAAUAACCUGCAUGACCCAUACUUAAAAGAAUAUUACCAGAGUAAAGUACCCCGACAACGGAUUCGUCAGCAGGGAUUUAUCACCAGUGAUGAUAAGGUAGGAUAAAAAAACAAAAACAAGCAACAUGCCACUACCAUUUAAUUUUACACUAACAUAUUGCAUUCAUAAAUUUAACUGAAUGACAUUGAAUUAAAAGAAAAUGUCUUGUUUAGGUUGUUUGCUCUUUAAAAGAGUACAACGAGUACAGGGAGUACCUCUCAAGCAUACAUAGGAAGAAAAUGAAAAACGUAAGUUGGAUUCAGAUUUAUAGUAAAAACAGUCAACAUAGUAGACAAAGUGUAAUUUUCAGUGGGAUGAUAUUUAGCUACUCAAAUUAAAAACAAUUUUAAAAAGAUGAAAUAAUAAUAAUCUGUUUGUUUUUUAGAAGUUAGAGAAACAAGUUAGACAAAAUUCGUCUUCCAACCAAUGA